AUGGAAACUGACCGUGUUUCUGAAGAGCUGCCCGGAUGGGAAGAUGUUCAGUCUCCAUUUUCUGCCGUCACAGCUAAAUUUUUCAGCAACGACGAAGAGUCACCGGCGGUGGCCGUUAAAGACGACUUCUACGGCGAAUCGUCGGCGGCUUUACCGCCGGGAAAGCACGAGGACUUGCCUAUUAAUCCUCGGCAGGCUGAUAUUAAAUCGGAGCCGUUGGUUAAUCCACCUUCGCAAUCCGACGGUGAUGAUGAUGGAUCGAGAAGGGCGCGUUUUGGCGAUGGGAUUCUGGGAAUCAUUGCCGGCAGGUUUAGGGAAUAUGUCGGUUGGAAUAAAGUCGGAUACUUGUCGGCUGCUUGCGCCGCGGGUGGAGUUGCGGCGGCGGUGUUGGUGGUUUUGUGUCUGCGGCGGCGGAAACGAGUGAUGACGUGGCGGCGGAGACGAGUGGAGUUGGAAAGCAGCAACAAGAGCCUUUUAGCUCUUGUAAAAGAAAAAGACAAGAAAAUAGAAGAGCUUUUGGUUGAGAUGGCGCGAAUGAAAGAGGCUAUAGCGGGUCGACGCAGGGUUCCUGUUGUCCGAGUAAGAUAAGUCGCUAAACGUAAAAUGCGACAUUAAUUUUAAGUAGUACUCACUCCUGCCACUAAAAUUAAUUUAUUUGGGCUCAACACGAGAAUUAAAAAAAAUGAAUAUUUUAUUGAAAAAGUGAUAGAUAGUUGUAUUUUUAAAAAUUUAGUUAAAAAAUAAAGUAAAUGAAAAAAAGAAUGUAAUAAAGUUAGUGGUAUUUGUUGUAAAUAAGUGUUGAAUUAAAUGUAAUAAUUAAAUGUUGAUUUGGUGGCUUUGCCAAAAUUAGUAAUUAGAUAAAUUUGUGAACAGAUUAAAAAGAAAAGUGAUAAUAAAUUUGACGAAGUGAAGAGAGAUCCUAUGAUAUAUACAGAGAGAAUUAAGCUCUCUUUUGAUGUGGUUUUGUUUAUUGUGAAUUUGCAUUAGUUGGAUGCGAUAUUUGUGUUAUAAACAAUUUGAGAAAUUAUAUAAAGAAAACAAGUUACGAAUAUAUAUAUAUAUAUAUAAUGUGUUCUUUUAAUUUUUAGAAAAUAAACUCCCGGCCGAAUCUAAUGCUGAAUUUCAAUCUAUGAUUUAACGGUUAUAAAUUCAUUCCCUAUAUCAUCAGAUUAUUCUUUACGGAAUAAUAAAAAAGUGAGAUGAAUUUGGAGAAGAAGAGAAGACA